GAAUUUGACCCCGAAGCUCGUGUCCGGAGCAGAAGGAGAGUGUGGUGUAGGGCUAGGCCCUUCGUUUUUGAUCUUCAUCUUGUCGAAUAUUGUGUAAAAUGGGCACAUAAUAGUUAACAUACUCAGAUAUUGAAGAUACGUGCUCAAAGUUUACGCAGUAAGUUAACUGUUACAAUCUGGUGAAGUAAGUAUACUGUGUUAAAAUGGCCAACCCAAAUCGUGAAAGUGUCAGUACGCGGUUUUCUGAUAAUUAUGAUCUUAAAGAAGAAUUGGGAAAAGGAGCUUUUUCAAUCGUUCGCCGUGCUGUGCAGAAAUCAACCGGUUACGAAUUUGCAGCCAAAAUUAUUAACACUAAAAAACUCUCCGCAAGAGACUUCCAAAAGUUAGAGAGAGAGGCCCGAAUUUGCCGAAAACUUCAACAUCCUAACAUUGUGAGACUCCAUGACUCGAUUCAAGAGGAACAUUUUCACUAUCUGGUUUUCGACCUGGUAACGGGCGGUGAAUUGUUCGAAGAUAUCGUUGCCAGAGAAUUCUACUCUGAGGCUGAUGCGUCUCAUUGUAUACAGCAAAUUCUUGAAUCUGUACACCAUUGCCACCAUAAUGGGGUUGUUCAUAGAGACUUAAAACCAGAAAAUCUCUUGCUUGCUAGCAAAGCUAAAGGAGCUGCAGUGAAGCUUGCUGACUUCGGAUUAGCCAUUGAAGUACAAGGCGACCAACAGGCUUGGUUUGGUUUUGCUGGUACUCCUGGCUAUCUAUCACCUGAAGUACUUAAAAAAGAACCAUACGGUAAACCAGUAGAUAUCUGGGCGUGCGGUGUGAUCCUAUAUAUUUUGCUUGUUGGAUAUCCUCCAUUUUGGGAUGAAGAUCAGCAUCGACUGUAUGGGCAAAUUAAAGCGGGAGCGUAUGAUUACCCGUCGCCCGAAUGGGAUACAGUAACGCCCGAAGCGAAAAGUCUCAUAAAUCAGAUGUUAACUGUUAACCCAAGCAAGAGAAUAACGGCUUCUGAAGCCCUUAAACACCCAUGGAUUUGCCACCGGGAACGUGUUGCUUCUGUUAUGCACAGGCAAGAGACCGUGGACUGUUUGAAGAAAUUCAAUGCACGACGCAAACUGAAGGGUGCAAUUUUAACAACUAUGCUUGCUACACGCAAUUUCUCUGGAAAAUCUAUGGUAAAUAAAAAAGGAGACGGGUCACAGGUCAAAGAAUCAACUGACAGCAGCACAACAUUGGAAGAUGAUGACCUAGACAAGGACAAGAAAGGCGUAGAUAGAGCAUGUACUGUAAUUUCCAAAGAGCAUGAUGAAGAAGCGCUGACUAAAGCUGAUUCAUUUGGCAAAGCUCGUGGUGACAGUAACGCUUCUUUGCGCCGAGCUGAAGUUAUUAAAGUUACUGAAGUGCUCAUAGAUGCAAUUAAUAACGGUGAUUACGAAACCUAUUCCAAAUUAUGUGACCCAAAUGUAACUGCAUUUGAUCCAGAUGCACUAGGCAACCUUGUGGAAGGCGUCGAAUUUCAUAAAUUCUUUAUCGAUAACACGCCAACCCAUGUGAAAACAAACACGACGAUCUUAAACCCUAGAGUGCAUCUUCUCGGUGAUGAUGUAGCGGUAAUCGCAUACGUAUGCGUAACACAAAGUGUGGACGCCGAGGGCCGACGAGCCACACACCAGUCGCAAGAGACUCGCAUAUGGCACAAACGCCACAACAAGUGGACGGCAAUACAUUUCCAUCGCUCCUAACUAGUCCCUUCUACCACCCAAACAUGUACGGUAGAGGAUAAUGGUCUUGUAAGUCAGGUGACACGUAAUGGAGACAUCGUUACUUUGCAACAGUCUUUAACAAUUCAAAGUAUCGAGUAAGACCACGAAACUACAAAAUCCUCUUCAUCGUACAGUAUAAAAUUUAUUAUCCAAUUCUGCUAUGAAACUUACACGAAUUUUAUUAGAAUUCUUUGUAAUCCAAAAAAUUAAGUUAAUUACUUAUAGGUAAAUGUUAUUGACACCUGUGUAAGCGAUUCGGAAGUUGAUUCUUAUCCGUUAAAGUCACUAAAUAAAAAUACGAUGUGGCUAAAAUGUGAUACCGUUAAAUUCAAUGCUUUGUGCUAGUUAUAGUAGAGUGUACAAAAAUCUGAUCUCUGACAAAAUCGAAAAUAUGUCAACGAAUAUCGAGGCAAAGUGUUUCAUGAAAUCUCAACAUAACAACAGAUCUGAUACUAAUGAAUCUAUAUUAUAAGUAAAUCAGCAAAAUUUUCAAGAUUUAGAAUAUUUAGCACAUUUCUCAGUAAGUCUCUCUACAUUUUUAACUAUGAAUGUUUUGUCGUGCUUAAAAAUGGUGUUCUAUUUGUUAUGAAAUACCUAGUUAUUAAGAUUUAAGUAACUAAUAUAUUCUGCAGUUAUUGGCACUAUGCACUUAGAUAUAUGUAUCCUUACAGUGAGGUCGUAGUUUAUUAAAAUUAACUUUCAUCUAUUUGUAGAUUACUCAGCUGCGUUACAUUCUCUUCAACUAUUAGAAUCUUACAUGUGUACCUAUUAGCUAGUACAGCAUCAAUGUGCGUAUUAUAUUUUAAGUGAAUUAUAUCAAUUUCGUCAAUUUUAGAUUUUAAUGUUAAUGCCAUUAUUAUGCUUUCGGCUUUCCUCACCAGGGCAUUAGUGUGCAGUUAAUAUUUUCUUUAAUUACCACUUAUUGGGCCGAUCUAAUUGUUUGCUGUAUUGGUUUUAUACCAGGCAUCAACACAAAUGUAUUUGACAUAGCUUAGAAUUUUAAAGUGAUAACUGUGCAAGAGAAUGGUCUGUGUGAUGGUAUUUUAUGAACUAAGAGGAGCUUUGUCAACAGUGAUAUUAAUGUAAUAAAUGUAAAGUGUUUUUUGCACAGUUUCACUUAAGAAAUGUGCUUUAAUGGGAUCUAUAACUGUAAGUCUGCAGUAAUUUCAGUAUUUCCUAUAAUAUAUACUUAGAUAUAAAUGACAUUUAUCCAUGUUUUUUACAAUUUUGUAAUAUAUUUUAGUAUAGUUAGCAAAACUUAAUUUAUGACCAUCAAAGAGAGUUGAAUUGUAAUAUUAAAUGCAUAAUAAAAUCUACAUUGUGAACCAACUUUUCAUGUUGGUAUAAUUUUUCACUGUAUACAGAGUACAUAGUUGUGCCAUUAUCAUUGAAAUUAGUGCCAAUAACUGUAAUAACUAAAAAUGUAUUCUAGUCUUUAUUGUUACCUACGCAUAUUUAGUAAUUAAUCAACAUUUUUAAAUUAAUUUUGAACAUAUAUUUACAUACAUAGGUACAUAAACUUACAUGUGUACAUAGUUAUUGAUUUGCACAUUGCAUGUUUAAAGUGUCGUCUUCGUCAUUAGCUAAAUAAAGUAUUUUCUUUGAAAAUAUUUAAUGAGGGUUUGUUAUCUAGAUCAUGUUGAAUUUAUUUAAUAAUUUACUUCUACUUAAAUAGCGGCUCUCCGUUGAUGUUAAAAGACUAGAUAUUGUCCACGGAGCUGUCAGACCCUAAAAAGCAUAGAUAGUUAUAUCUAGCUAGGCAUCAGUUGUGCUAAUCCAUUGUUGGGAAAUAGCGUGAUAUAGACACAACACAACUUGUUAGUUUUUUAAGCUCAGUCGUAAACAUCACAGUAUGUAACUUUAAUGUUUUAUAUACUUACUUACCUACUUAAGUCACUUUUGUUUUAUUGUUAUUUUUUAAACAGUAGCCUAACAGCUCUAACUUAUUAAAAUUCAUUUAUUUAAAAUAUACUUAACUAGGUACAGCUGAAAGUUUGCAUUGGGUCUAUGAAAAUCCCUUUUCCCAAGAAAACCUUUUGGGUACUUAUCUAUUUCUUAUACACCUACAUUAUCAAAGUAACUAUUAAUAUUCAUAAAGGUCAGUAUGAAACACCAAUGUAUUGAAGUAUUACAAAAAAUAUAUUUUAUUGACUAGACUAAUAUGUUACAUAACUAUCAAUGAAAUGCAAUAUUUACUAUUAAACUGUUAAAUUUUGUCAGAAUUUAAUGAAAUACUACUUAAAGCAAAAUAAAUUAUGUAUAUAAACCUAUCUACCUAUGCAGUAUGAGAAGAAGCACAAAUCAUCAUGAUAAUAUCUUCCAGAAUAUCUCACAAAUCUCAAGAAUAUUUUAAGUAUUUAUGUAUGUUUUAGUCUUCCCCGGACAGUAGUCCAGAUACCAAAUUAAAGGGAUACCUAUACACAGCUACUGUCAGCUUAAAUUCAAUAGUUUAACUUUUUCAAAAAUUUAAUCUGCUCUCCGCAAAUUGUUAAUAAUGCACAUUUACCUGUUUGCAUGCAUUUAUCUCACCGGCUUUUACAUUUAGGAGGGCUUGUAAAAUGACAUUUAACUUUUUCCAUUGGCUGCUUUUUAUUCUGUACAUUUACAAUACUUAAUAAAUAUAUAAUAAUAAAUUAUUUUACAUUAAAGAUGUACUUAAACUUUACUAUUUCAUGAAACCAUUUGUAUCAAAUAUUGACACUACUGACUUUUCCAAGAUCUGCUAAAUUAAUUACCUACUAGAUGUGUGAUACAAAUGGUUUCAUGAGAAAAAUUAUAUACAUAAUAUGGGUGCAUUGCAAUAGGGGUACAUUUUUAAAUAUACUAGUAUAAAUCGUUUUUGUGUCAUAAUUUUCAAUUAAUAAUUACUUGUGUAGUAAAAUUGCUGAUAAUCUCAAUAGAUUAACAUUAUCUAUAAUAUUCAGCUAGAAUUGUGUUUAAUGUUUCAAAGCCAAACAUUGCAAAGUUAAUAUUUGUAAGGCUAUAUCAACAUUAACUUGACAUCAUUAUUAGGGUGUUGAUUAAGUGGAUAUGAACAAUGUGUUUAGUCAAAAUUCCAUACCAAUUUGCACCCACGCCUAGGUAUGUGGUUGAGAUUAUUUUAUAUGUUUAUAGUUAGAAAUAUUACCAAAGUAUUUAUACUUUAAUGCACCACAAACUUCAUUUAGGAUUUGCUCUUUUUUGUCAUGAAAGCUAAGUUUGUUGUAGAAUAUAUCCAAUGUGGAUGUAUAGGUGUAUUAAAGAAUUGUCAGUAUAUUUGUAUUAAACAUUAUUACUUGGACCUCUGCAUUGCCGAUUAUCAUGUAAAAUUCUCUAAAAUAAAGUUCUUUUGAUCUACAAUAACUCAUGAUAUUUUAUUUUACAUCUUUACAUUACACUGUUAAACAAUCAAACACUUAUAAGAGUGUCAACAAUUUAUAUUACACUACAUACAAACUACAUAAUUAAUUUAAUCAAUAUACAUACAUACAGUGGGAAUUGGCUACUUCAUACAUAAGCCAAUGUUUACAAAAUAAGAACAUACCUCAAACAAUAUUCAAAUACUUCAUCUUAGAGUGAACACCUUUGCAGCCGUCAACAUCCACAUCAAAGUUCUUCAUCACAUCCUCCAAUUCCUUAUCAUUUAACUGUCUGUCGACCAACUCUUGCUUGAUACAUUGCUUCAAGUGAUACUUUGUAAGAGGUUUGAAAUCAACAAAAGUUGUUGACACUUUUAUCCCUCUCAAGUUCUCCAAUAAUUUCUGACGAAAUGUCUCAUCACAGUUUCUUUUAAAAUCUGCAGUUGAUACAUAACAAUUAUAUAUUAGAAUCACUGUGAUUUCUUUGCCUAAGUACUCACUUUUUUCUACAACUUUCUGUAUUUGUGUUCUGAUGUGCAUAUCAUUAGCAGUCAAAUCAUCCACUAUUAGCAAUGACUUCUUACACAUGGUCAAACCAUACAUAAAGUCUGUUGAGAACGAAUUUGUGAAACUAGGCAUAGUAUAGUGAUACACAUUAGAACAUGGUCCCAGACUAUUCAACAAAAUAGAUGAUACUAGAGUUUUCCCUACUCCAGUUCCUCCUGAGAAUAUUAUUAGUUUUCUAUGGUCUUGCUGUCCCAAUGACUCUAUUAUUGUAUUAAUAACGUCUGUCUGGCCAUAUAAUUGAUGCGUAAGUGAGGUUCUUAACUCUUCUAGUUUGAAAUCCUCAAAGCACUUUAAACUAUAAAUAUGUAGUGCAAAUAUGGACAGUAAUAUUACGACACCAACUGAGAUAGACUGGGAUAAAACAUUGUUGUAACUUUUGGAUGGUCUCUGCAUGUUUAUAUGAAAUUUCUUCACAGUUGGUUGAAUGGCUGAGGUCCUAUUGUCGCUAAUCACUUGCACAUCUUCGGCGACAAAAUCAGGUUUUUCGGUCUUUAUUACAGUCGACGUGUAGGACGGUUCAUCAUAAGAAAUAUCCAUGUCUCGAACUGAAUGACCGCUAGUAUCGAUGUCCAUUGGCUCACAACUUAAAUCAUGAUUCUCCAUUAUUAAAUAUAUAUUCAGUGAAUAAAUACAGACAUAUAACCUCUGAAUGAACAAUUAGUGAUAUGCAUGAAUUUGAAUAACGUCAAACAUCGAUAUAUUUGUAAUAAAACAUUUAGCACAGAUUACUAUAGGAGAACAUUUUAAAUCAAAAUAUUUUUAAAUCUAACCACCAAAAAUUUUGACAAUCACUUAUAAACGUCAUUUUACACGGUUG